AUGAGCACAAGCGAGGAUGCCUGGCUUUGGGAGACGCCGGAGGAUGUGGACGUGGCAGUUGCAGUUCGCGACUUCGCUAAAGCUGCUCGUCUCAUCGCCCGCUCGCGUCGUCGCCUCGCUCAACUCCUGCCCUCCGACGCCUCGUCCGAGCACCAACAGCCGCAGCAGACGCAGGUCUCAGCGGCUGCGAUUGGUCUCACCAAGCUUAGAGACCGGGUAGAGGCGAGGGCUGCUAAUCUCUGCACUGUGCUGCAGGAGGAACUCACGCGUGCAGCGGAUCGGCAUACCCCAAAUCAAUUAAUUUCUGGAAUCGAGAUGGAGGUUUGUGCAACAUUGGAGAGGCUACGUUUAUCGAACUCAUUUCACUCAGUCUUGAGCUAUCACUUCCUCAACCGUGAAUUUAUUAUCUCCGUACCACAAAGGCGUGGAGAGGAGAACACGACCUCCUUUGGCAGCAUUUUUAAUGCCAACCAAGCUGAACUGUGCAGUUCUACUUUACUGGGUCGUACCGUGUUGUCGCCCUUCGAUCUCUGA